CCUCUGCGCCUCCACUCCAGUGCAGCGAGUGCGGAGCGAGUCGAGUGUAGUGCCGCUCUCCCCGCAGACGACAUCGACGCCACCGAGCCUCUCGCAGCCCCGAGGACCUGUUCGAGUGGCGUGCGUUCUACGGACAAGACAACCCCGCCUUCGCGUCCAGUGCUGUCCGACAGUGGCAUUCAGCAUGAGGCAGCUACGGAUCCUCGCUGCCACUUUCCUCCUCAUUUCCGCACAAGGCGCCGUCAGCCAAAACGUAGGACUCGCCAUCCAGCCGACAGACCCUGUGCAAGUGAAGCCGGUGAACCAAGCAGUGCUGCUGACGUGCAAGCCCACCGCACAGAAGGAGCUUUUCACCGAUCUCAAGUGGACCGACCCUCGUGGCGAAAUCGUCAGGCAGGACAAUGAAGGAACCAUCUCCAGUUCAUGGCCAUCCACUAGGCAACAAGGGCAGGCUGUCUACACUGAGACGCUGGGCACUGACGGCACGCUCGCGCUAAUCAUCAGAAACUUGAAGGAGUCGGAGGCCGGGGUCUAUUCGUGCUCGGCAACCUACGCCAACUCGGAGAAGUUCGUUAAGAACGUCACCAUUGAAACUUACGUUGCGAUUACCUGGGAGGAUGCGCCGAGUGAGCAGUACCCGAUUUUGCAUUCUGACUACAAGGUUAAGUGCAAAGUUCACGCAAAUCCAGCGCCGAUUGUUGACUGGUUCAAGAAUAAUGAUGCCAUCAGUACUACUGACAGAUAUGUGAUCGAAGCGAACGGCCUGCUCAUUAGACGAGUCACAGAGGCUGACGAUGGAGUGUACACGUGCAGAGCGAUUGUGAUGAACACAGGAGAGUACCAGGAGAGGCACAUCAAGGUGGAAGUGCACACGCCGCCCUCAUUUGAAGAAAUGCCGGCGGAGGCUGAAGUCGUUGAGGGCGACUCGGGAAGCCUCACCUGCAGGGCCAAGGGCAAGCCCAGCCCCACCUACACCUGGAUCAAGGGAGACACACGCGAAGAACUUUCCAACAGUCUCAGAUUUUCAACCAACCCUCUAACCGGGAUACUGAGCAUCAGCCCUGCUGAGAAAAACGACAGAGGAAAGUACAUCUGCAAAGCAAAGAACGCGGCUGGAGAAGUCCAGCGCCCGGUGGAGCUCGGCGUGGUGGUCCGCCCGCACAUUGACGAGCUCAUUAACAUCUCGCUGCCCGCCGGCUCCAACGAGGCGCACCUCAAAUGCGUCGUUUCUGGAUGGCCUCUGCCCCACGUGACUUUCCAACGAGUUGGAUCUAACGAAAGGUUCACAAAUGGAGUGCAAGAAAACGACGACCGCAUUGUUCUGGAGCAGGAGAGGCUGCCUCCGACGGUGCCGGGCGGUGAAGAGAGGACCCAAGGCCACCUAACCAUCACGGACGUCGUCAAGUCUGACGAUGGACUGUACGCCUGCAUUGCCACUAACAAGGGUGGAGAGGCGCUCAAAAACGGACACAUCACAGUCGAGUUCGCGCCCACGUUUGCUUUGACGCCGCUGAAGGAGGCCUGGAGCUGGGACAACCAUCCAGUAAAUAUUUCCUGCAUUGCUGAGUCGAUCCCCAACGCCACCAUCACGUGGCGGCUGAAUGAAAGGGAAAUCGACAGAGAUGGAAACAUCAAGCAGAUUGGAAAUGGACCAGGAAGCAUUCUUCAGAUUAUUCCAAUCGAUCGCCGCUACUAUGGAGUGUACAAGUGCGUGGGAAAGAACAUCCACGGAGAAGCGCAACAUGACAUUUUGCUUCGUGAAGCGCAUCCUCCUUCAGAGAUUCUGCAAGCCAAGCGAGAGGUCAUCACUGCCACUACGAUCACUUUCACUUUCAUUGGACCCAGCAACGACGGUGGCUUACCAGUCAGAUCAUAUGCUGUCCAGUACCGAGAGGGUGGACGCAAUUGGGACGAGGCCCUCAACAAAACCUGGCCAGUUGACUCACCGUACAUCCUGGAAGGUCUGGAGCCACAAAAGUCGUACAGCUUCCGCUUCUCAGCCAGAAAUGAUGUAGGCUUUGGAAACUGGGCCGCCGAGGACUACGUGACCAUGCCCAAGAGGUCGAGCCCUGAAGAGCCGAAAAUCAUUGCAACCCAAGUGCUGGAUGGCGUCAUUAUGUCGCCGUAUCUUGACAGAUUUGAGCUCAGGUGGAGAAUUCCUCCAGACAAUGGAGAGCCCAUUGAUCUCUAUGAAGUCAAGUACUGUGAGGCGAGAAACUCGAGCGAUGGCUGGAUCUCUGAGGGAAACUGCAGAGACCUGGAGCUCCCCUCGAGCGGCCCACCGAGCUUCCACGUGACCAAAGUGAAACCCAAUACUCACUACAAAGUAGAGCUAAGGGCCCGAAACAUUAUUGGCUACUCUGUGCCAGGCCAGGCCAUCUUCAAGACUGCCAGAGACCCCACAAAGACAGGUCCAGAGCCGAUUACGGAAGCGCGAGAACCGGUCCUCAGCAGCAGCGCCUUGGUCGGGAUCGUCGUGGCCGGCCUCUUUGUGCUCUUUGUCAUUGUGGACAUCUCUUGCUUCAUCUUUAACAAAACAGGUCUGACGUACAUGGUUACAAGCGGAUGUGGCUCAAAGGAUAGGAUGGAUUCCGAAAUUAACAGGAGCGCAGAAAAGGAGCCUCUGAAGGGGCCAGUGGUGCUGAUCAACGACGACAGCCUGACCAAGGAGACCGAGGUGGAGUACGACGCCAAAGGCGACGGCACCCGUGUCACGAUUGUUCCUCCACGCCACUCAGCUGUUUAACAGUUACUGAACCUGUUGAGGGACAUGCAUCCGGAAUGAGAAGACACCAUUCGACUUUUGUAUUUUGUUUAGUUGAAAAGUGAGACUGCCGCACACACCAUCAAAACGCUCACUCUCUAGUCUGGCUAGCACAUGCUCUCAUUCGCAUUUUUCAUAAUACGAUGUAGAAAUCUUUUGUUCUAAAUCACAUUUUUAAACAGUCGAAUUGCCAAUCUAAAUGAACAAACGUCAGCAUAUAUUAUAUAUUUCUGAACUCUGUAUUUUUAUAAGUUUGAAACAGACAAACUUAAUUAUGAGUGUUAUAUUGUCCGGUUUGGCGCUGGACUCAAGACUUGGAGUUUACAGAGCAAGAUCUCACUCAGGCUCUUUCUCAGCUUUGCAUCACCGAACUUAUUUUUCCACUGCUGCCUUGUUCCAAUUUAUAAACGCAGAAAUUACCAUAUAGGCGUAGAUGGCUUUUGGAUCUUUCCUCUAGUGAACGGAUUCCCUAAUGAUUCAGACAAAUGCGUGAAAAUAUUGUACCAAGAAUAGUGUAGGCGCUCAUUAUUUAAUUUGUACUAUGUCAAGAUGAAGGCGUAAAAUAUUAUGAAAUAGGAUAGCUGUAUACAAGUAGAAACAGCAACUACUGUAAUGAUAGCUGAAGUGUCAAAACUGUCAGAUAUGUGUUUCCUAUCAUUUAUUCAAUCAAAUAACUUCAUUAAUUCAUUGUAAUUUUGCUGUCAUCCUAAUUUGAUUUAACAUCAUUCGUCGUGCACCACUUUAUUAAACCGUUUUAGACUGAUUUCUGAUUGUACUUAUAUUGGUACUCAUAUAAAAUGAUGUAGAUUGUAAUGGAACGUCUAAUAUUACAUUGAAUGAACAAAAGCCGAAUUAAUUUUGACCUGAAUGCACUGCAACUUUGCAUGAAAUGCGUCUCCGAUGGAUGUCUGCUUCUGAUGAAUGUAUAUAUAAACUAGGUAAAUCGUGUAAGUCAUAAGACAAAGCCCUCAUACUCUCAAUUAUAAAUUUUGCAUCCAUUUAUAAUUCUGUACACUUUUGUGAAAUGCGAAAAAGCUUCUUGUGUCAUUUUAACCGUAAGAAAAAGAAAACAGACACUAUAUUACAUACAAGCAUCACAAUGCCCAAUAGUCGAGGAACAUUCAUUAUACUAGCACUUAAAUCACAACUAAAAACUUGAAGCUUUCAGUAAGAAGAUGCAAAAAUGCAAUUUUUAUUGAUGAGAAUGCAUAUUAUUAAUCUCUGAAGAAUAAAUUCUGUUCCAAAUGAACCAGAUA